AUGUCGAAAGUGCAGCUCUACGUAUACGACCUCUCCAAGGGACUCGCCAAGUCCAUGAGCAUGAUGCUCACUGGUAAACAGAUCGACGGUAUCUGGCAUACUUCAGUAGUAGCUUUCGGCCGUGAAGUUUAUUACGGUCAAGGUAUCCUCCAGUCCACCCCCGGAACCACCCACCACGGACCCCCUCAAGAAGUCAUCGACCUCGGCGAAACCCACAUCGACGAGGAGACGUACUUUGAGUACAUUGCGAGUCUGGGGGAAAUGUACCAACCGGACAAGUAUCACCUGAUCGAUUUUAACUGCAACCAUUUCUCGGCGGAUGUUGUUGGAUUUUUGACUGGAGGAGAGAUCCCUGCUUGGAUUUCCAGCCUUCCGUCAGAGUUCCUCUCGACUUCGUUCGGUCAAAUGAUGAAGCCCCAGAUCGAUGCCAUGUUCCGUGGCCCGGCUUCCGAGAGGCCUAUUCCCGACAGGCCCUCGGAUCAAGGGGCUGCUCCUGCUGCUCCAAGCGCCGCCAACGCCACCGCUGGAGUUAGUGGGCAGGGGCAGAGUGGUCAGGCGGGAAAUUUGGCUUCGGCGUUGUUACAGUCAGUCGCUGCCCAAGCUGCUCAAAACGGAGGUUCUCGCUCUGCCCCCUCCCCUCCCAACCCCGAGACCUCCCCAUUGACCUUGGUCUCUUCCACCGCCAACUUCAAUUCCAUCCUAUCCCAGCACUCUGCCGUCAUCGUCAACUUUACAAACACCCCCUCAUGCCCGCCUUGCAGAGUCAUCAAGCCCAUCUACGAGUCUAUCGCUGGGUUACAUGCUCCUACAUACGGGGCCAAGGGCGCGAGGUUCGUAGAGGUGGAGCUCGGGAUCGGGCAGGGCCGGGAGAUCGCGGGGCAGUAUGGUGUCCAGGCGACCCCGACGUUCAUGUUUUUCAGGGAUGGAAAAAAGGCGGAUGAGCUCAAGGGAGCUGCCAAGAAGGAGCUGGAGGCAAAGGUGGAAUCGUUCUUAGAAGAGUGUUACCCGACACAUCUUCACAGAAAGCUGUACCUCCCUGCUGUUGAGGGGCUGCCAAAGUCGGCCAUCUUGGCCAGCAACCAGCCCAACUAUACGGCUCUGCUCAACAAGCUUGAUAGUCUGCUCGCUGGUAAAGCUGCAGGCAGCCUCAAAGUGUUUAAAGAUGAGUUUGUGCCGUGGCUGGAAGGCAAGAAGCAGUUGUCUGGGACUGAGGCUGCCUCAGCCUUGUCCCGAUGGCACACCGCCACUGAAGAAAUGUUUACCAUCCUCAAGCCUGAAGAGACGUUUCCAGUCAUAGAUGUCUGGCGUGUCGCGAUUCUCCGCCAGCCUCUGGAUUCACUCCUCUCCUUGGGUCUUUCUACGGCUUCUACUCGCCCAGAGCCAAUCACUCUCAUCCUCUCCCUCGCCCAUAAGACCUUUACCUCUGCCCCGAGUACAACUCCCAAACCAUUCAUCCUCACUGUUCUUCGCUUCCUGACCAACAUUCUUUCCUCCUCACAACUCGCCAAUCUGCUUCUGUCUUCUGGUGGAAACGCUGCAGCUGGAGAACAGGUCAUCAGCCUUUUGGUGGAGAGUCUGCUUUACCCAGAUGUAGGAGUGAGGACGGCAGCCGCUGGUGCAGCUGUCAAUGUAGGGGUAUGGAGGCAGAAGAGUGGAAAGGAAGAGACCGCCAAUGUGGAGUGGGAGGUUGAAAUGGUCAGUGGACUUGUAGAAGCCAUCUCGAACGAAGAAGACGAGGAUGUCGCCCAUCGUCUUCUUGCAGCUCUCGGCCUGGUCAUCUACCUUUCCCCGGGAUUCAAAGAUAAUGUGCAGCCCAUGCUUCAAGUGCUCGAGGCCAGCGACAAGAUUGAAAAGAAGUGUCGAGUUUGGAAGAAGAAGGAAGUUAAGAAGCUCGGAGAGGAGAUUGCCAGGAAGCUGUGUUAG